CACAUCCCGGGACCGUUAUACGAGCACAAAGAGCGAUAUUCCUGAGGUAAAGCCCCAGGACUGAGACCCCUCCACGUACCCUGAGAGGCCGCCCCGGUGAGGGCAGCACAGCCCGUUCUUGCUGUUUGCAGGCUGUGUGUGUGUGGGGCGUCUCCGGGGUUGGAUCCUCAACCACAGGGCCCAACAUGGCGCCCGCGUUGCCCCGGUAACGGCCACUUCCGGCGUCACUUCCGGCCGGUGAGCCCAAGAUGGCGGCGCCCAUGGCGGGCCCGGGCUCGGGGCCGCUCCCGGUGCUUCGUGUCGUGGCCGAGUGCGGGCGGAGCCGCGCCCGGGCCGGGGAGCUGCGGCUGCCGCGGGGCACCGUGCCCUGCCCCGUCUUCAUGCCCGUGGGCACCCGCGGCACCGCCAAGGGCCUCACGGCCGCGCAGCUGGCGGCGCUCGGCUGCCGCAUCUGCCUCGGCAACACCUUCCAUCUGGGCACGAGGCCGGGCCCGGAGCUGAUCCGACGUUCCGGGGGUCUCCACCAGUUCAUGGACUGGCCCCACAACCUGCUGACGGACAGCGGGGGGUUCCAGAUGGUGUCCCUGGCGCAGCUGUCGGAGGUGUCCGAGGAGGGGGUUCGGUUCCAACCCCCCCACGGCGGCGACGAGAUCCUGCUGAGCCCGGAGAGAUCCAUCGAGAUCCAGAACGCCCUGGGUGCUGAUAUCGUGAUGCAGUUGGAUGACGUCGUGAGCAGCACCACGACGGGGCCGCGGGUGGAGGAGGCCAUGGACAGGUGGGGACUGUUAUAA